AGCUUUCCGGACGCGGGGAUCCUUGCAUGGUGUGUUGCGGAGCAAUGGCCAUGCCUCCGCACUUGCCGUUGAAGUACGGACAAGCCAAGCCUCAGGCGGAGGGCGGCGAUUUCCAUCGCUCCUCAGACGGGCGGCUUUGGCUCUUCACCAGAUCCUGGGAGCCGAGUGAGCCCUGGGCCACCCUGAUGAUCGUCCACGGCACGGUGGACCACUCCGGCGUCUACUCUGAGUUGGGCCAGUUCCUGGCCGCGCAGGGCGUGGCUGUGUUUGCCUCCGACAUGCGCGGCUGGGGAAGGAGCGACGGGGAGCCACUGUACCUGGACAACAUCAAGUCCUUCAUGGGCGACAUACUGGCAGAUUACGAGCACAUCCAUGCAGCGUCACCCUACAGCCAGCUGCGUGCUCGAUUUCUCCUUGGGAAGAGCAUUGGAGGAUUGAUCACUGCCUGGGCAGCGGCUGAGCAUCCUGACAAGUGGACUGGAUUGAUUGGCUUGUCCGGUGCCUACCAGGUCGAUCCGAGUGUGAAGCCGCCGUUUCUUCUGCUGAAGAUGGUGGAGAUGCUCUCCUACUUUGCGCCGAAGAUGCCUCUCAAGCCCCCCUUCGACCCCAAGCUCAUCGUCAGCGACGAGGAGGCCUUGCAAGAAUGGGAGCAAGAUCCGCUGGUGAGCCGGGGGAAGAUUACUGUGGGCUACAUCUGCGAGAUGUUGCGGCUGCAGGGGGAGCUCGACAGCGUGCUGCAGAUGCACAUGCCGGCGCUGAUGCUCUGGGGUACCGGGGAUCAAGUCGUGACGGAAGCGGGGCACCAGAUGGUCCUGGAUGCCUCCAACCACCCGGAGUCCGAGUUCCUCAAGUACCCGGGGGGCUACCACAACCUCCUGGCAGAGCCCCAGCUGAAGGAGUCGGUGAUGCGGGACAUCCUUGGCUGGCUCCGAAAAGUCGUAGCUCGCGCUGGCGGCGAAUGAUUUGGCAUGCGCUUGUGGCGGAUGAUGCAUGCACAAGCCCAGGAUCGAUCCUUGAACGCGAACCUCGGAUAGCCUCGAGAACGGAGCGGGCGGACGCGGCAGUGUCUGCGGGUCCGCUUUGAUGCUCGUGCAGGCAAUGGCACAGGGCGCAGACAUGUGGUGUCCCCAUUUCGAGGUCUCCCCUACUGACCAUGUCUCAACCAGGGGAUCAACUGCACUGUUGAUGGAUGACUUGCA